GGCGCCGCCAUGGCGCACAUCACCAUCAACCAGUACCUGCAGCAGGUCUGCGAAGCCAUCGACAGCAGAGAUGGGGCUUCCUGCGCGGAGCUGGUGUCCUUCAAGCACCCGCACGUCGCCAAUCCACGGCUACAGAUGGCCUCCCCGGAGGAGAAGUGCCAGCAGGUGCUGGAGCCGCCUUACGACGAGAUGUUCGCCGCCCACCUGAGGUGCACCUACGCAGUGGGGAACCACGACUUCAUCGAGGCCUACAAGUGCCAGACGGUCAUCGUCCAGUCUUUCCUGCGUGCAUUCCAGGCUCAUAAGGAGGAGAACUGGGCGCUGCCUGUCAUGUACGCAGUGGCGCUGGACCUGCGAAUCUUCGCCAACAGUGCAGAUCAGCAGCUGGUGAGGAAAGGCAAGAGCAGGACUGGGGACAUGCUGGAGAAGGCGGCCGAGCUGCUGAUGGGCUGCUUCCGCGUCUGCGCCAGCGACACGCGGGCUGGCAUCGAGGACUCCAAGAAGUGGGGCAUGCUGUUCCUGGUGAACCAGCUGUUCAAGAUCUACUUCAAGAUCAACAAGCUGCACCUGUGUAAGCCCCUGAUCCGCGCCAUCGACAGCUCCAACCUGAAGGAGGAUUACAGCACGGCUCAGAGGGUGACGUACAGGUACUACGUGGGGCGCAAGGCCAUGUUCGACAGCGACUUCAAGCAGGCCGAGGAGUACCUGUCCUUCGCCUUUGAGCACUGCCACCGCUCCAGCCAGAAGAACAAGAGGAUGAUCCUCAUCUACCUGCUGCCAGUGAAGAUGCUGCUGGGUCACAUGCCCACCAUGGAGCUGCUAGAGAAGUACCACCUCCUGCAGUUUGCUGAGGUCACCCGGGCGGUCAGCGAGGGGAACCUGCUGCUGCUGCACGAGGCCCUGAGCCGGCACGAGGCCUUCUUCAUCCGCUGUGGCAUCUUCCUCAUCCUCGAGAAGCUGAAGAUCAUCACCUACAGGAACCUCUUCAAGAAAGUGUACUUGUUGCUCCGAACACACCAGCUGUCUCUGGAUGCCUUUCUCGUGGCCUUGAAGUUCAUGCAGGUGGAGGAUGUGGACAUUGAUGAAGUCCAGUGCAUCCUGGCCAACCUGAUAUACAUGGGGCACAUCAAAGGCUAUAUCUCCCAUCAGCAUCAGAAGCUGGUGGUCAGCAAGCAGAACCCGUUCCCGCCUCUGUCCACCGUGUGCUGACUUGUUCCAGUGAGCAGCACUGCAUGGGCGCCAAGACCCCAUCACCCUCAUGGGCCACUUGCACCUCCUUCCGUGGCCCUUGUGGAGG